AUGUGCCUGCUGCCUACCAUUCUUUUACUCCUUGCGGCCGCUGACCUUGUCUCUGCGGGAUUCAAUCUAAACAGCAAGUCGAAUGUUGCGAUAUACUGGGGCCAGAACUCGGCCGGUCAACAGAGCACCCAAUCGCGUCUCUCGAAUUAUUGCAGCGACGCCAACAUCAAUAUCAUCAUACUUUCCUUCUUAUUGCGAUUCAACGGUGCCGGCGGCCAGCCGGUCAUGAACUUCGCUAAUCAGGGUGAUAAAUGCAGCCUCUUUCCUGGAACAGAAACCUUUAACUGUCCAGAAAUUGCGUCUGACAUUCCCGCUUGUCAGUCACAGGGUAAGACAAUCCUGUUGUCGAUUGGAGGAGACUCAUACAACGAAGGCGGCUUCUCCACCUCACAAGCCGCUACCGAUUCCGCAGACAAGAUUUGGGCGAUGUUCGGACCUGUUCAAUCUGGUUCAAACGCCUUACGACCAUUUAGCUCAGCCAUUGUCGACGGCUUUGACUUCGACUUCGAAGCCAACGUCUCCAACAUGGCAACAUUUGCAAAUCAACUUCGAUCCCACAUGAACAGUGCUACGAAUAAGAAGUACUACCUCAGCGCUGCCCCUCAAUGCCCAUUCCCAGAUUGGUACAACAAAGACAUCAUCGACAACGUUAGCCUCGACUUUCUUAACGUCCAGUUCUACAACAACGGCUGCGGAGCCUCAUCUUACGUGCCUGGAGCCUCUGACCAGUGGAACUUUAAUUUCAACCAGUGGGACGAUUGGGCACAAUCCGCUUCUAAGAACCCCGCAGUCAAGGUGCUCUUAGGUGUUCCCGCGAAUACAGGAGCUGGCAGAGGUUACUUAACUCCGAGCCAGUUGCAGCCCGUCAUUCAAUAUAGUGCGAAGUAUAGUAGCUUUGGCGGCGUCAUGAUGUGGGAUGCGAGUCAAGCGUGGACGAAUGGAAAUUUUGUUGCGGACGUGAAGAAUUCGUUAAUAAGUCUAAGUAAGAAGGCGACAAGGAGUAUGAGAUGGGGACUGAGACUAUACGAAGAUAACUAA